AAGCUUACAUUUCUAGUGACUGACCGCAGUUAAAUCGUAAAUAACAAAAAAAGGACCGGCUAGCGGUGUGGAUGCUAGCUGUUAGCAUAUUUGGCUGUGGGAAAACAGUUAAGCCAUUUCUCUGGAGGAUGACUAGAAGGAAGAACUUUUCCCAAGGACGGUAAUCGCGAAGUCCUACGAGAAUUGAUACUGGGCAAUUGCUCCAAUCUGCAUCCAGCAUGGCUAACCUACCAAAGAUGAGCUCCAGCACUGGACCAGUGCAGCUUGCGGAAAAUGAUGACAACUUGGAUCCAGAUAGGCUUUUGCAGUGUCCCUUUGAUACAAACCACCAAAUCCGGUCCUGCCGCUUCCCUUAUCACUUGAUUAAGUGCAGGAAGAAUCACCCAGAAAUUGCCAAAAAACUGAAAACGUGUCCAUAUAACGCUCGACACCUGGUUCCCAAGCAUGAGCUGGAUCAUCACAUCGAGACCUGCAUGAACAAAAUAUCUGUGGACACUGAAGAUGGAGAGAAUGAGCAUGGCUGGCAUGUCCCUGUCAAUACUUGGACAAACCUAAACUCAACUGAGGACUGGGACAAAGAGGAAGAUCCUUCUCCAACUCCCUUUGUGUAUGGGGAAACCUCCAAGUUGAAACAAAUAGGGGCGAACAACCUUGGUCCAAACUUCAGAGCUCCCACUACUCUACCAUGGUCUGGUUCCAACCAAUAGACCCCAAGGCCUGCUGAAUCAGUCCUUUUUUUUUUUUUUUCUUU